CCUCUCCUGCGCAAGGAGACGGAGCGCAGUCCCACGGACGCAGCCGGAACUGGAGUCGUGCGACGUCCGGUUUGCGCGGGGAAGGCUUAACGGAGAGGACCCAGCGCCCGGACUUCCGAUUCCGGUGCCCUGCUUCUGCCGGCCCGGGUCGCCAUGGAGGAACCGGAGAUGCAGAUCAAGGGGAAGAAAGUCACGGACAAGUUCACGGAGAGCAUGUACGUCCUGGCCAACGAGCCGUCGGUGGCGCUGUACCGGCUGCAGGAGCACGUGCGCCGCUCGCUGCCCGAGCUGGCGCAGCACAAGGCCGACAUGCAGCGGUGGGAGGAGCAGAGCCAGGGAGCCAUCUACACGGUGGAGUACGCCUGCAGCGCCGUGAAGAGCCUGGUGGACAGCAGCGUGUACUUCCGCAGCGUGGAGGGCCUGCUCAAGCAAGCCAUCAGCAUCCGCGACCACAUGAACGCCAGCGCCCAGGGCCACAGCCCCGAGGACCCGCCCCCGCCCUCCUCAGCCUGACCCCAGAAGAGCCCCCCCCAACCAGCGCCAACCCCAAGCACAGAUGGGAAAGUGGAGCCCCCAGAGGCGCUGUGUGACGUGGAGCCCGGUGCCGCCCCC